AUGCAUACCGACGAGGAAUGCACCGGCUCAUCAUCAACGUCGAUUUCUGAAGGAUAUGAAUCGGAUUCCGUUCAUCCGCUAACGGUCUGUGGCCUUGCUCGAGCGAAAACAAGUUUGGGAAUGACGCACGCAAGCCAUGAGCUUGCCAAGGUCACUCUGUUACAGGUGAAUGCUGCUCAUGUUUCAAGCUUAUCAAAUAAGAUGCUCACAGCUUCAGCAGUUUCCUAUCAGUUUCUAUCAAGAGCUAUCAACAGAUUUCUGAGGUCGUGCGUAUUUGCACUAUUUUGUGCUGUUGUGAAAUCGCUUAUGCAGCUGUAUGGUAUAUAA